AUGCCUGCCCUCGACUUAAUUGAUCAUUCUCCCCAACAACCCCAAGCUGCCCCCCCCCUUGCGAAUGCUUCAAAAGUAGUCAUCAUUGACAACUUCGACUCCUUCACUUGGAACAUAUAUCAAUACUUCGUGCUUGAGGGGGCAAAGGUCGACGUCUACCGCAACGAUGAGAUCAGCAUAGAAGAACUUGCUGCAUUGAAUCCCACCCAAUUGGUCAUUAGUCCCGGUCCUGGUCACCCGAGGACUGAUUCGGGAGUCAGUAGAGAUGCAAUCAAGCAUUUUGCUGGCAAAAUCCCCGUCUUGGGUGUCUGUAUGGGGCAGCAAUGCAUGAUUGACUUGUAUGGAGGAGAUGUGAGCUAUGCUGGAGAGAUCCUCCAUGGGAAGACCUCUCCACUGCGGCACGAUUCCAAGGGCGUUUACGGCAACCUACCACAAGACCUUCCUGUUACACGAUACCACUCACUAGCUGGCACACAUCCAACUUUGCCCGAAUGCUUAGAAAUUUCUUCUUGGAUUGAGGUUGGACCGGAUGGAGGAAAGGGCGCUAUCAUGGGCGUCCGGCACAAGGAAUAUGUUGUUGAAGGGGUUCAGUUCCAUCCGGAGAGUAUCUUGACCGCAGAGGGUCGGGUGAUGCUCAAGAACUUUCUUCACAUGCGAGGGGGAACCUGGGAAGAGAAUGAAAAGCUACAGCAGGAGGCUGCUUGUGUAAGCAAGCAAGCCGCCGAUGGAGCAAAGAAGGAGAAUAUACUAGAGAAAAUAUUCGCACAUCGGAAGGCGGAAGUCGCAAAACAAAAGGAAAUCCCUUCACAGCGACCUAGCGAUCUACAAGCUGCUUACGAAAUGGACAUUGCCCCUCCACUCAUAUCUUUUGUUGAUCGUCUGAGGAAAUCGCCCUUCCCUUUAUCACUCAUGGCUGAGAUUAAGCGAGCUUCUCCUUCAAAGGGGAUAAUAUCGCUCUCAGCGUGCGCCCCUGCCCAGGCCAGAACAUACUCUCUAGCUGGUGCAAGUGUCAUCUCUGUCCUGACUGAGCCAGAAUGGUUCAAGGGCAGCAUUGACGACUUGCGUGCUGUUCGACAGGCUUUAGAGGGAAUGUCAAAUCGCCCAGCUUUAUUGCGUAAAGAGUUUAUCUUUGACGAAUAUCAGAUCUUGGAAGCUAGGCUUGCCGGAGCUGAUAGUGUUUUAUUGAUAGUCAAGAUGCUGGACGAAGCAACUCUGACACGACUUUACAAAUACUCACAAUCUCUCGGCAUGGAACCCUUAGUUGAAGUCAAUACAGCUGAAGAGAUGACUGUGGCUGUGAAGCUUGGCUCAAAAGUCAUUGGAGUCAACAACAGAAAUCUCACGAGCUUUGAGGUUGAUUUAGACACAACCAGUAGACUACUUGAUCAAGUUCCCAAAGAAACCAUCGUCUGUGCUCUCAGUGGAAUUUCUGGACCGAAAGAUGUUGAGGCAUACCAAAAGAACGGAGUCGGGGCAGUGCUUGUGGGUGAGGCAUUGAUGCGCGCAAAAGACACGGCAAACUUCAUUCGUGAGCUCCUUGGCGGAUCAGAGCCUAUCGCAAAACCUGCACCUAAGAGCCUGCUUGUUAAGAUUUGCGGCACAAGAAGCGCAGAGAUUGCAGCAGAAUCAAUUAAAGCCGGUGCUGACCUGAUAGGAAUGAUUCUCGUUCCAGGAAGAGGAAGGUGCGUUCCUUACAAAGACGCCGUUGCAAUCUCAAAGGUGGUUCACGAGUCGCGAGUCGCUACUGGAACUGUGGCUAGUGAUCGCGUGGGUAACCAGGCAUCAGAUUACUUUGCCAAUGCCGCGUCGAAGAUUUCAAGCCACCGCACACUACUCGUAGGGGUCUUCCAAAAUCAGCCUCUCGAAGAGGUCCUGGAAUUGCAAAAGGCGUAUGAUCUCGAUAUCGUGCAGCUUCAUGGCAACGAGCCAUUAGAAUGGGCCAACAUCAUUCCUGUACCUGUUAUCCGGAGUUUCAAGCCUGGCCAGCCUGGUCUUGGACGAAGAGGAUACCACACUGUGCCUCUGCUAGAUUCAGCCUCUGGCGGCUCAGGGGUGAAGUUGGAUAUGAGUGAAGUCCAAGGUGUCUUGAACAAAGAUCAAAGUCUACGAGUUCUGCUAGCCGGUGGGCUGAAUCCAGAUAACGUGGCCGAUGCUGUACGAGCAUCUGGAGAAGUCGGUGACAGGAUCAUCGGCGUUGAUGUGAGUAGUGGAGUUGAGGAGGGUGGAGUCCAAAGUAUCGCAAAGAUACAGGCGUUCAUAAAAGCUGCCAAAUCUGUCCGGUAG